AUCUUAUCUUCAACUAUCAUUGUUAUGAACUUUUACACUUUGCCUCUGGUUCUUCGUAUUAAUGUAAUAAGAAACAUGUCGUUUUACAACCGAGAUCCUGAUCCGUCUACUUAAAGGAAGAUACGAAAGAACCAAUAUCUCACUAAUUUUGAUUAUUAGAGACAAAGUUGAAGUUUGGGGAUCGUACGUUCAACCCGCGCUUAUGAGUGUGUGAGUUACUAUGAAUGCUCCUGCUUCAUUUGAACCAUUUCUGCUUGCUGAUGGUGAGAAGAAAAUCUCAUUUGAAAAAGAUACCCAGGUUCCAAAUGCUGCCAUCUUCACCCUGAAUCGAGAGGAUCAUACUGUUGGAAAUAUGAUAACAUGCCAACUUCUAAAAGAUCCAAGAGUACUGUUUGCAGGAUACAAGGCUCCUCAUCCACUAGAGCAUAAAAUUGUCAUUCGAGUACAUACAGCUCAUCCAGCGACACCUGUAGAUGUGUUCGUUUCUGCUCUGAAAGAUCUUAUCAGUGAAAUCUCAAACAUAGAAGAGCAGUUUAGAAUGGCGACAAAAUGAAACGUUACAUUUGUACAUAUUAUUUUUUGUAUAUAUUGAUAACUAUCAAAUACAAAUACAUCUUUUGCAAAAAUUAA